AUGACUGACAAAGCUUUCAUUCGUAGGUCUGAAAGCUCUAACAAGAUGGAGAGCAGUCAAGAAAUUAGUAAUGAAUUUGCCGAAAUUAACGUGCCAUAUCCUUGUUCUAUUGACCCGAUGGAUUUCCUAUCGCGAAAAUGCAAACGGGAACUAAGGAAGAAAAAUCAUAAAAUACCGCAAUCGAAAAUUUCCGGCAUGGCCUCCGCUUCUUGGAAAAAUGAAUCUAAGGAUAUUAAAGAUGCUUACCAUAAGCUGGCUGAAGAUGUAGACCGUUUAUUUCUGGAGUCACAUCAAGACAAUUCCGUUGAAAAUCCAAUUGAACCAGUAAAUGCUAAUAGCGAAGGUAUCGAAUCAUCAUCGUUGAUUCCAAAUCCUCAAAAUAUCGAUAUCUCGGCCGAUAAUAUCCUAGAGCAUCAUAACUUAUACAUAAAUGCCCCGAUACUACCUUAUUAUUUGCCCGUUUCCGAAUAUCAGUUUACAUAUGAUGUUGCUAGUAUGACAUAUUGUAUUACAUCAAUUUAUUAUAACUGA